GAACCUGCCCUCUGGUGCGGGGAGACUAACCACGUUCCUGUGUCUCCCCCUCAGCAGCCGGACGACAACUCCGGGAGCUCGAGUCCCAAGAAUGACGGCAACCGAGGGAGCGGGGGGGGAGGAGGAGGAGGAGGGGGGGGCCUGAUGGAGGAGAUGAGCGCCAUGCUGGCUCGGAGGAGGAAAGUUACGGACAAACCGGCCCCAAAGAAGGAGGACGAACCGAGCCAAGAUGCCAACUCAGCCACGAAAACCUCCACUCUCUCCAGCAGCGAAUCUAUGAAGAAACCCUGGGAGCGGAACUCCUCGACUCUGUCCAGAGGGAGUUCCUCGAUGAAGACCCCGGAGUCUCCGACCAGCCCGUCCAAUGUGGUUCAGCCUAGGGUGAAAGCUCCUCAGAGCGCCAAUGAGCUGAGCUCGGACGACAGCGAGGUGGAUCGGAUGAAGCAGGAGCUGCUGGAAGAAGUGAAGAAGGAAUUGCAGAAAGUGAAAGAUGAGAUUAUUGAAGCUGUGCGGGAAGAGAUGAGACGCCUGACCUCAUAGUAUUUCUCUCACUCGACCUCCCCCCUCCCCGCCACAUCCUCACGGACUCGAGUGACCGCCGGCCCCCGACCAACAGCCAGCCAUGACUCCGUCUUGGCCGAGGAUCGCAAAGACUUUCAUUUUAAAUUUUUUGAAAAGAAAACCAAGAAGAAAAAAACCCAGAAAUAUAUGGAUGGGGAAAUGAUAAAAGCUGCUCUCGCCCAAUGAGUUUAAAUCUGUUUCAUUCCUUUUGAUUCUAUCUUUUAUUUUGGAGUUAUUAAUUAUCAGGCAAGGUAUGUUUUUUUUAAAUUUCCUUUCUAUUAAAAUAGUGGUGAAGGUUUAAUUGACUGUUCGUUAGUUUGCAGGCAACUUCCAUGCCUUAGAAUGCAAUAAAAUCCAAUUUUAUUUUAUUUUCCCAAUUUUUCUAAUGGGAAUGUUGUAGACAUACGUUCUGUGUACCUGCUGGUUGGGAUGGAGACGAGAUUCCUGGGAAUUCCAAGCCCUUUGGCAUUCAUCCCUCUGCUGAUCAGUGUUCUGAUGAAGGGGGAGACCUUCUGAUAUGAUUUCUGACUCUCUGCACAACUCAAGUGCUUACGCGCUCCAAACUUGUAGCAUGGAGCCAUCCAUUUGGUUCCAUUCCAAGCGCUUCUUACAUUCCCUUCCAAGAGUCGCGGGCAGAUUCCAACUUGGGUUGACGUGUGGAGUUUAUUCCCAGUGUCCACCCGAUCCAUGAUCCCAGGACCUCCAGGAUGGUUUGGCUUCACGAAGGAUCCACUGUGUCUUCAUGGUGAAGGUCAGGGUCGCCCAGUUCCCUCGCCCCCUGAUCUCUGACCUCUGCUUCUCUACGGGUAAAUGGGCUUGAGGUGAGUGGAGGUGAAGGGGGGGUCCCAUUUCACGAACUAGAAGUCGACAUCUCUGCACCGUGUGUAGAAGCGCAGCUACAGAACGCGGCUAGGUCACUGGACACAUUUGCACGUUCUCUCCCGUGACCUGCGUGGGUUUUCUCCGGGCGCUCCGGUUUCCUCCCACAUCCCAAAGACGUGCGGGUUUGUCGGUUAAUCGGCCCUCUGUAAAAUUGUCCCCCUGGUGUGUAGGGAGUGGAUGAGAAAGUGGGAUAAGAUCGAAGGAGUGCGAACAGGCGAUCGAUGGCCACCAUAGACAUGAUGGGCCGAAGGGCCUGUUUCUGUGCUGUGCCUCGAAACUUAAUAUGACCAAAUCCUACUGUGGCCACUGGGGAUUAAUUUUAUUUUCAAAAGAACAGUAAUUAGGAAACUAUCAGAUGGCUGUGCUAAUGCCCCUUGGGGCAGGGAAAUGGCCAAUAUUGGUCCCUCUGUGAUGUUCGACCUGUAACAACCAUCGCAGCUCAGGGAAUUGGAGAUGGCAAUAACUGUGCUGGCACACGUUGCCCGUGCUUGUGUAUUGGACCUUCUCACCUCCAGACAAAGGUUUGCCGUGCUUGUUAGGAAGCUGAGGAGGGGGCAGGACAGAGCAAGGGAUAGCAUGAAUCUGUCUGGAUGGCUCUUCCAAUGGGCCGAAUGCACUGUCCCUUUUGCCGAGCGGGAGAGUUAUUAUCCUUGGGUAACGUCACCUAUGCAUGUUCUCCACAGAUGCUGCCUGACCCGCUGAGUUACUCCAGCACUCUGUGUCCUUUUUAAUUACCAUUGGGCUUGUGGGGGGUCCAAUGAAUUGCCCCCCCCACUCCCCACCGACCCCAUUUGACCCUGGUGCUCACAGUAUUGAGACCCCAAUCUUACAACCCAUGGCUGUGCGCCCCAACAAUCCCCUGAGUGACCAGUCAUGGAGAGAGAUGUGGCCCCAAUACCAAGCCCUCCUUGACCAGGCAUCUCCCGGUCAAACGAGCUCAUGGCCGAUGGGUGGUCAGUGUAGUUUAUUGUCACGUAUACCGAGGUACAGUGAAAAGCUUCUGUUGCGUGCUAACCAGUCAGCGGAAAGACAAUACAUGAUUACAAUCGAGCCGCUUACAAUGUACAGAUACAGGAUAAGGGAAGAUAGUUCACUGCAAGGUAAAGCCAGAAGAAAUGUUACUGUAUGAGUAGAGAUAUAAGAGUGUGGAGCGAUUGUAAGAUGCGAUUGUAGAUCUGGUUCAGUGGCCAGCGCGCAAGUGGUCACUGGGUUUGGCCCCAUCUUGGAGAUGUCCAUGGGAGGUGAACGGGGGAACCAAGGCAUUAACUUGAACAAUAGAAAGCCCCAUUACCCCCCCCCCCCCCCACAAUCAUCUUUCCCAUCUCACGUCUUUGUACCAUUGAAGGGGGAGGGGGAGGGGGGGGUGGGGUGGAGGGGGACCCGCCAUUGUCCACCUUCCUCCAGCACAGGCGUGCAGGGGCCAGACCUCCUCCUCAAGGUCAAACUGAAGCCUCUUUGUCCAACGGUCAGGAAACUCCUCCAACUCGCUGCCCAUCGGUCAAGGGGCUGAAACAUAUUCAGUUCCCUGUGCUGGGAGGACCGGACUUACUGGGAGAACCAGACGUGUUGGGAGGACCAGACAUGUUGGGAGGACCAAACUUGUUGGGCGGACCGGACUUGUUGGGCGGACCAGACUUGCCGGGAGGACCAGACAUGUUGGGAGGACCAGGCUUGCCGGGAGGACCAGACAUGUUGGGAGGACCAAACUUGUUGGGAGGACCAGACUUGCUGGGAGGACCAGACAUGUUGGGAGGACCAGACUUGGAGUCUAGCCAGGUUGGGCCAUGUCAGGUGGGCAGAUGCGAGAUGUAUCAGCUGAUCAUGGUGGGAUUGGGAGGGAUGUUAGUUCACGUUGUACGUCUGUGUGGCCGCCCACUGGCACUGGCAACACCCUGUAGGUUGACCAGUUUAUUGGCUUGCGUUUUUUACAUUAUUUUAUAUAAAGUGUAAACACUGGAUGCCUUUAUAUUAAAAUAUAACUGCUUUUGGUUUUGAUUCUGA